AAUAGAUGGCAUACAUGGUAACAUUUCAUUCAUCACUUCUCCAUACAACAAAAUAUUAUAAACAAGUUGAAAAUGGCUUCCAAGGCAUUAGUUUUGUUGGGUCUCUUUGCAAUUCUUUUCGUCAUCUCAGAAGUUGCCGCGACAUCCGAAGAGCGGUCAUUGAAGUCAGAGAGUAAGGAUACUUUACAACCUGACCAUGACCAAUAUGGUGGUGGUGGCCGCGGUGGCAAUGGAGGUUACAACGGAGGGGGAGGUUAUAACGGAGGAGGAGGAUACAAUGGAGGCGGAGGAUACAACGGAGGAGGACACAAUGGAGGAGGAGGAUACAACGGAGGAGGACACAAUGGAGGAGGAGGAUACAACGGAGGAGGCCGAGGAGGAGGAUACAACGGAGGAGGCCGAGGAGGAGGUUACUGCCGCCAUGGCUGCUGCUACAGAGGUUACCGUGGCUGCUCAAGGUGUUGCUCAUAUGCCGGAGAAGCUGUUCAGACACAGCCCGGCCACUAAAAGUCGGUAAUGUAUUAACCACCACCAUAUAUGCAGUUAUGUGUCUUUAUGAGUACGAAAACCAUCGUGGUGUGUUUGUAAUGAAUAAUGAUGUAAGUGACUUUUAGAGAAGGCCAGGAUUGAUUAAGAGGCCAAAUUAUGAGAAUAAAGUUUGAUUAUGUAAUGUCAUUGCGUUUGAGUUGUUAUCUUUCGUGGCUGUCAUAAUAAAAUCGUUUGUAGUUUAUGAUA